AUGAGUUGGGAGAACGCGUAUAAGGUGUAUGCCCCUUGUAUGUUGACGAAGUAUAAGCAUUGGGUGGCUCUAAUGAUUGAUCUGGUUAAGUGUGAAAUCAAAGUGUACGAUUCAAUGGUUUCACUUAUUCCAGAUGAGAUCUUAAAGGAAGAACUCGCCCCGCUUUCAAUUACGAUUCCAAAUCUUCUCAACACCAUCGAUUUUUAUGAAGAAGGUUUUUACGCAAACUAUUGCAGCCGAGAUUGGUGGUGUCUGUGGCCAAUAGAACGUGUGGAUGUUCCACAAUAG